CGCUGUGGCUCCGGGGUUCGUAGUUCAAGGGUCAGCGCAGCCCAGGGCCUAGCUCAGGCCUGUCUGGCGCUGGAUUUAACCCUCAGGUGGCUGCGGCUGCUGCUCCAGGCCCUCCAGCCCUUGCCUGCCAUAGGAGCCCAGAGCUAGUUGGACCUGUGCCUUGGCACUGCCUGUGAAUAGUGCAGAGACCUGGGCACCCUCUCACCCUGCCGAUGGAGAGACGAGUAACCAAGAGCCACCCCAGGGAGCAGGGCUGGAGAGUGGGAGCCAGGGUGCAGGGCUGAGGCUCUGCGCUGGUCCCCUAUUGCUGCCUGUGUGCUGGGCGUUUACUUGGGCAGCCAGUGGACUGAACGCACCCCAGUGGUGCAAGAAGUGGCAUCUGCCAGAGGACGACACAAAUGAUGGCUGAUAACCAAGCUAUAGGUCUGAGUCCAUGCACCACACCUCGAACUAUGUGUGUGUUGGGCAUAGAUCUGGGCACUACCUCAGUUAAGGCUGCCUUGGUAAUAGAGACAGAGCAAGGGCAAAUUGUGACCCAGAGCUGUUCAAGGGAGACACAGGCGCAGGCUGAUAGCCCGGCUGCUGGAGCACAGGGGAUGGAGCAAGAUGUCCAGAAAAUAAUUAAAGCCUUGAAUGAAUGCCUUGCGGCUUUUCCCCAGGAGCACCUUCAAAGGGUUAGUCGCAUUGGUAUUUCAGGACAAAUGCAUGGGGUUGUGUUUUGGAAAACAAACCAAGGUUGCAAAUGGGCCAAGAGUGGAACUGGUCACACCUUUCAGCCUGGAGAAGUCAGUCAUCUGAUUACGUGGCAAGAUGGCCGCUGCAGCAGCAGUUUCCUGUCUUCUCUUCCUCAACCACAGUCACAUCUCAGCUUGGCUACAGGAUUUGGAUGUGCCACAAUCUACUGGUAUUUGAAGAACAGCCCAGAUUGUCUGAAGCCUUAUGAUGCAGCUGGUACCAUCCACGACUAUGUGGUUGCCAUGUUGUGUGACCUGGAAAGGCCAUUGAUGUCCGUCCAGAAUGCUGCCAGCUGGGGAUAUUUUAAUUCCAGAAGUAAAAGCUGGAAUACUGAGAUUUUGAGAGAAUCUGGCUUUCCCCUUGACUUGCUUCCUGAAGUGGGUGACCCUGGUGACAUUGCAGGAAGGAUGCCCCAUGACUGGCAUGGAAUACCAAAGGGAACGGAAGUCGGAAUUGCUCUGGGAGAUUUUCAGUGCUCUGUUUAUUCUUGUAUGACUGAGAGGACUGAUGCAGUUCUCAAUAUCAGCACCUCUGCUCAGCUGACAGUCCCCAUGCCCUUGGGAUUCCAGCCUCCAGAGACACCAGAUUCCUUGUCAGCUGUUGCCUAUUUUCCUUAUUUUGAUGGUAACUAUCUGGCAGUGGCAGCAUCACUCAACGGAGGAAAUGUGCUGGCAACAUUUGUGGAUAUGUUGGCACGCUGGAUGGCGGAGUUGGGGUAUGAAGUUCUAGAGUCCAAUGUCUAUACACAAAUGAUCAAUGCAGCCUUGGCCCAAAAUGACACCAGACUCUCAAUCUGCCCAACUGUAUUUGGAGAAAGGCACAUGCCUGAGCAACUGGCUUCAGUGACUAGUAUCACUGCUUCUGAUCUCUCUCUGGGUCACGUAACCAGAGCAUUGUGCCAUGGGAUCAUUCAGAAUCUGCAUUCCAUGUUGCCAUUUCAACACCUGAAAGAGGCAGGAGUGAAGAGAAUUCUGGGAAGUGGAAGUGCCCUUUCCAGGAAUGAGGUGCUGAAGCAAGAAGUGGAGAAAAUUUUUCCAUUCCCUGUGAUCUAUGGAAAGGAUGUGGAUGCAGCCAUGGGUGCUGCUAUGGUGAUGCUGCACAGAAGAUAAACCCAUAGUUCAGGAUUGUCUGAUAUAAAGUUUUUUUUUUUCUGGACAUAUCAACACUUUGUUUCUGUUUCCUCAUCAUUCCUGAUGUUGCUUUUAAUCUAUCAUCCCACUCAGUAUGGAGAAGAACAGCUUGCAUUAAUGUCCCUCUCUAAUUCCAAAUGUACUCAGGGUCCUGCAUGUCCUUACAUUGUCAUUCCUAAUUGUGCAUCAAGAACUAAUUAUCACAUGAAAUUUGGCUGCGUGAAGAGAAAAGCUCCAUUAAAUUUGGGUUGAAGAUAAUACUUCAUCACAGGCUCCUUUUCCUGUUAGGAAAGAAGCCUAGGAUGGCUAAGAAGAGCGAGUGUCUGUUGGUAAUGGCAUCUGUAGCCUUUGUUACAGAUGUUUUGUGAUUAAACUAUCUCUUUCCAUAUAUAUGUGCAACACAAUGGGGCCUAAAGGUGCUACUGUAAUACAAAUAAAAUAAUAAUU